AAGUUGCUUUGUUAUUAUGUUGGGUUCUUGUUUUAGUUAGUUAAUCUCAAACAGUUAACUUCCCUCCGCCGGAAAAUGGCCAUGCGCCUGCCGCCGCCGUACUCCUCCUAUCCCCACUCCUUCCGCAACCAUAUAGCCACCACACUCCGCCCAAUAAUUAAACCAUCAUUCACUCCUCCCUUCACAAUCCAUUGCUCCGCCGCCGCCGCCGGCAGACUCUUGUCUCCCAUUUCUUCUCUCUCUCACCUCAAACCCUACCUCCAGUCAGAGUGGCAGCCCAUCCUCUCCGGAUGGCUCUGUAGUUCCGUCUCCGUUUACUGUCUCUCCAAACUCGUCCCUGCAAUCGGCGAGUUCUCAACUUUGAUGAGCCCAGCAGACGCCGCGAAGCUGAAAGAACGGAGCUUCAUCUUGGGGGCUCUGCUUUCGGUUAGACUCAUCUCUAAUUACCUCCAACAGGCGUUUCUUUGGACGGCCGCCCUGAGCUCUGCGUGUAAGAUUCGAGUUUUCGUGUUCCGAAAGGUUUUGCAGAGGGAAUUGGGGUUCUUUGAGGGCGAGGGCGCCGUAGCAUCAGGAGAUGUUGCUUAUCGGAUCACUGCUGAGGCCUCUGAUGUUGCAGACACUGUUUAUUCCCUCUUGAAUACAAUUGUACCCUGCACCUUACAGUUAAUAGCAAUGGCAACUCAGAUGUUGGUCAUCAGCCCUGGUCUGUCAUUAAUCUCAGCAUUGGUUAUUCCACUGAUGGCUCUUGUCAUUGGAUACCUCGGUGAAAAGCUUCGUAAUGUAUCCAAUCAAGCACAUCUUACAAUAGCUCAAUUAUCUGCUUACCUGAAUGAGGUACUUCCAUCAAUUCUGUUUGUGAAAGCGAAUAAUGCAGAAAGCUACGAAAUUUCCAGGUUUCAGUCUCUUGCUUUAGAUGAUCUAUCAGCGAGUUUGGAGAAGAAAAGAUUGAAGGCGUUUAUUCCGCAGUUGGUGCAAGCAGUGUACUUUGGGAUCUUAUUCACAUUUUGCGCUAGCUCGCUGAUGAUUUCAAGAGGAUCUUUUGAUUGUUCCGCCAUGGUUUCUUUUGUAACAUCGUUGGUUUUGUUAAUUCAGCCGAUUCAGGAUGUCGGGAAAGCCUACAAUGAAUUAAAACAAGGAGAACCAGCUAUCCAGCGCUUAUUUAGUCUUACAAGGUUCGAGUCCAAGGCGAACGAUAAACAAAAUGCAGUGAACUUGGGCAGCGUAGCUGGAGAAGUAAGUUUUUCCGAUGUCUCUUUUAGAUAUGGAGAUAAUAGACCUCUUAUUUUGGAAGGCGUGAAUUUUCGAAUUAAAGCUGGACAGACGGUAGCUCUUGUUGGACCGUCAGGAGGAGGAAAGACAACUAUCGUAAAACUCCUCCUUCGCCUCUAUGAUCCUCUUCGAGGUACCAUACAGAUAGAUGGCUACGAUAUUAGAAGUAUACAGCUCGAUAGUUUGAGGAGACAUGUCGGUCUGGUCUCUCAAGAUAUCACGCUCUUCUCGGGGACCAUAGCCGAGAACAUUGGAUAUAGGGAUCGGAUGGCUGGUAUUGACAUGGACCGAGUUGAACUUGCAGCUAGAACUGCUAAUGCAGAUGAGUUCAUUGGCAGCCUGCCCGAUGGGUACGAAACGAACGUUGGACCUAGGGGCUCGGUGUUUAGUGGAGGCCAGAAGCAAAGAAUAGCCAUUGCACGAGCACUUUACCAGGAUCCAUCGAUUCUGGUUCUCGAUGAAGCCACUUCUGCAUUAGACAGCAGGUCAGAGCUGCUGGUGAGACAAGCUCUACAGCGUCUGAUGCAUAAUCGCACUGUGCUGAUCAUUGCUCAUCGCCUGGAGACAGUGCUAAUGGCUCAACGAGUUUUCCUGUUAGACAACCGGAGGCUGCAGGAGAUACCUCGCUCCUCGCUGUUAGAUUCUCGACAACAUGGUUUAAUCUGCUGACUCUAAUAUGAUGGGAUCUGAUGUCUUGUUUCUUGUAUAGUUGUAUCAUCUGUAAGUAUUAUUUCCAGGAAUUCCAGGGAUGUUCAUACUUCAUAUAUAGCAUAGAAUUUGUGAAGAAAAACAAACAUAUUAUUACUUCAUUUUAGAAGCACAGCAGAAAAUUUAGUAUAGAGACAGAACUAUGUAUGUCUGGCAUAUUAUUAUGACUCCCCUAUUAUUUUUUCUUUUGUUUUGUACA